AGGCGAACCGCGCUGAGCGCGGAGAACCUCGCCAAGACCGCAGCGCUCGAUCCAGGCCCCGCCACACCGAGGAGCGCGGGGCUCCGGAGCAGGCAGGCCUGGACCGCCAGGCCUCCGCGGAGGCCCGUAGGGCGUCGAUGACGGGCAGACGAAGUUCACAAUGUCUAUCGAUGUUGGCUACAAGAGAAGUGAGGACAAGUCCCUGUUUAAGCCCGUCCUGCUCAACAAUUGCGACCAGAUUUUGCCCUACCUCUACCUGGGCGGUGUGGACGCAGUGGCAGACACCGGGUGUGUUGUGGAGCAGGGAAUUCGUGCAGUUGUUUGCUGCCUUCGGGAAGUGGAAUAUCCCGAUAAGGAUUUCAACAAGGAUCUCGAGUACUAUCGGGUUGAUGUGGAGGACAUCAGCAGAGAGCCGAUUGAGUUGUAUUGGCCAGAGGCCACCCAGUUCAUCCACUCCUGGGUCUCCCGCGAGCAGCCCGUGCUGGUUCACUGUCGCGCGGGCGUGUCCAGAAGCUCUUCGGUGGUGAUGUCAUACCUCAUGACAUACCAGGGCUAUUCCCUGCACGACGCCUUUUUCCUGGUACGUAGUCGACGGAGUUGUGUGAGCCCUAAUAUUGGAUUUAUGGAAAAGUUAUGCGAUUACGAAGAGGCUCAGCAGGAUACCGAGACCACUGUUGACAUCAAUAAGUACAUCGCGUGGUACACCUCAGAAGGCCGACAGGGCAUCCCAGACCUCAAUCCAGAGUGAGCUCGGCGUGAGGGGCGCUCGUCGUUCAUAAUCCCCGUGGUUGGUUGCCCCCCGCGAACGGACUUCUCAGACCGGUGCUCGACCUCCGUGGCGGCGCCCCCAGGCGCCGUCCCGACGCGUUCUGCGCGUCGGGGGGGGGGCGGGUCCACCGCUCGUGCACGAGAGCGGACCUCCGAGAUGUGAAUGUGGACGCGGUCGUCUGCUCCCGUAGGCGUGCGGCAUUCCCUCCGCCCUGUGCUUCCAUCCACCUUCGUGCUCCGUGCUCCUCGCCGACGAAAGGUACAAGCUCGGACGGCACUCGCCUACACCGCUCAGUUGCAUCGCUUGAGGAGCGCGUCCGAGCUCGAGCGACACUGGAUAGCCCGCAGGGGCGCAUACCGUGGCCGCGGGCACGCCCG